AUGGUCAAGAAGCGAGCGUCCAAUGGACGAAACAAGAAAGGCAGAGGUCACGUAAAGCCAGUCAGAUGCAGUAACUGCUCGAGAUGUACGCCAAAGGACAAGGCCAUCAAGAGAUUUACUAUCCGAAACAUGGUCGAAUCAGCUGCUAUCCGUGAUAUCUCCGAUGCCUCAGUUUUCACCGACUACGCCGUUCCAAAGAUGUACCUCAAGUUGCAAUAUUGUGUCUCCUGCGCUAUUCACGGAAAGAUCGUGCGAGUGCGAUCACGAGAAGGCCGACGAAACCGAGCACCUCCACCAAGGAUUAGGUACAACAAGGAUGGCAAGAAGGUCAACCCACAGCAAGCCGCUAAGACCGCCUAA